AUGCUUUCUGGCAAACUCGCCGUGGUUACAGGUGGAGCAUCAGGGAUCGGACGUGCCAUUUGCCAUCGUUUGGCCCAGCAUGGGGCGAAGCUCGUCGUUGUUGACUUAAACAAGGAUGCCGCUCAAGAAACAGUAAAGAAAAUUAGU